UAUUUAAUUUUAAAUUGUGCAUCAUGUCCGGAAUGCGAGUGUGGUUUCUACGUCAAUUGCACACAACCGGAUGUCUUUAUGGACGACGUGCUCCACGACGAGCCAAUCCUGGCUUGGCCUAUCAACUGGAACAGCUUCAGGAACAGCAGCAGCACCAACAACAAAAGCAAGGAACGCUCGCCAAUAAAGCUCGAGAGGAUUUCGGCGAACUGGAAUCGGACUUUAUGAAUGUCCAUCACACCCAGCGCCAGCAUGAGUUGCAAUUGCAACAACAACGCGAUCGUGUGCGUCAGUUUAUGAUAAAGCAUAAAUAUUUUCGUGAUGCCAAAUUACCCAAUCUUCUGUUGCAUGCGGAAAAAGAGCAAAUGCGUCUCCUUCAUGAGCGUGAUCCAGAUGAAUGGACCAUUGAGCGUUUGGCAGAAAGUUUCCCCGCCACUCCAGAUGUGGUGGAAAAGGUAUUGCGUGCCAAAUGGCGACCAAGAAGUUUGCAAAGGAUUCGCACACACGACGAGAGUGUCAUGAGGAAUUGGCAACAGUUGAGAUCAGGCCAACAUACCGAUAUGAAUAUUCCUCCCGCCCUGUUGGAACAUUUGCAAAAGUUUGCCGAACGACGACCCAAGGACUUAAAGCAAUUCCAGUUAGAUGAUUGGCCCACCCGCAUGAAAUUGCCUGAUCCUCAGGUUCGGGAAUUUCGUAAACUCUUAGGUAGUAGUUCGGAGAUGAAGCCGAAUCCACCGCAGUUGGAGGCAGGAAAAAACCGUUCCAAUCCAACGCCAUCAAACUCUGCUCCUGAUGAAGAGGAAACAUAUUUGCUCGGUAAAAUAGAAAAUAAACGCAAAAUGCGUUUACAGGAUCUCAAGAAACUGCAAUUGGUUCCCGCCAAAGCAAGUCCAGAAGAGAAUCCACCUCUGGCUAACCCUCAAGGCACUGGCAUUUUGCCCAGUUUCACCCAGAAGUUCGAACGCAGCGAAAUUGUCAUUAGCCAGGCAGAUCAGAGACGUUACGAAAUGACCAGAGUGAAGGAUCGCAUCGCUAUACCAAAAAAAUUACAGAGACCAGGAGCCACCUAUCGUGUUGAGGAUGCCUACUACGAUGAUGAUGGAGAGUUUCUCUAUCGUGUGCCAGGCAUGACUCAAGGCGGAGGAGGCAAUAGGUAACUAGCUAUAUAUUUUUUAUCUGAAUAAAG